CGCACGCACGAUUUCUCUGUCGCGCGCAUCACAUCUGUCCGCGCGCGCUCCAGCAGAUGCAAACAGCAGCCGCUCCUCCAACUCCACACACUUAACAACUGCGAGAUUUUUUUGUUCCUUUAGAAGGUUAUUACCUGAUCUGUUACUGGCUUUCCAUCCAUCGACACACAGACGCGUAAAAUCGGGGGGCGAAAAACAAACAAACAAACCGUUUUGCUUUUAAUCCGCGCAGUUACGCAUAGAAACCGACUCAACAUUACAUACGAGGUCGAUCAGAAGAUAUAAAUACAAAUACAAAAAUAAUAAUAAUAACAUCAACAACAAUAAUAACAAUAAUAACAGAAAAAACAACAAAAGGCAGAAGGGCAUCGAGAGGACAGCAUCGCCGGGAAUCCCAACCAGUAACCAUUAUUGUGAUUAAACCUCUGUAUGUGCAUGUGGAAUGGAUAGGAUGCGUUAAAACGACAUGCGUAACAGUCGCAUGUCAUGAUUUUGGGUGCAUUAAGAUAAUCAACAAGGCGACCCGCAUGCUCCAUUGCUACACGCUCCUUACAGAAACUCACUCCUCACUACGCAUGCAUGGACAGAUUUCAAUAUUUGACAUGUUUAAUGUGUGUUUUAGGCGUAACUCUUUUGCGUGCAGAUGUUUGUCCUUCACGUACACAUCUCAGGAUUGUGCAUAGUCUCAGAAAAGUCUGAAUAGGACCAGAUCCAUUCUCGCUUCUAAAACUACAGUGCUGCUGACUUAAACUAGACGACUCAAAGGCGCCAGUUUCCAGUGAUACAACAGAUUCCUCUUAAGCAUCUCCCUUCCCUCUGCAUCAAGGAUGGCACCAACAGCACACCACUUCCUGUCAAGCAUGACUGCCAGGUGCUUCCUGUUCCUGGGUGUACUCUGUGCUCUCUGGGUCUCCCUGUGUAACGGGGCGUGUGCAGAAGUGGACUCCGACACUGAAGCAGUAGCCGGGAACGGCUUUAAACUCGGCUGCAUUUCCUGCAAGAUGAGAGGAGAGGUGGUGGCCAGCGCUAUUGCCGACUGGUAUUUCAGGGCCAAGGGAGAGACAGAGUUUCUACAUAUCUAUACUUAUGACGGUGAGACGUCUAUUAUAAUUGAUGACCGCUUCGAAGACCGCGUGGCCUGGAAUGGAAGUAGAAAGACCACCGAUCUGCAGGAUGCCUCUAUCUACCUCCACAAUGUAACCUUCAACGAUUCGGGAGUAUAUCGCUGCUUUUUCCGUCGAACCCUCGAAUAUAACGCCUACCCGUAUGAGACUACCAUCAGCAAGGUGGUGCACCUGACAGUGGUGGCCAAAGCGACACGCGGCACGGCCUCUAUCAUUUCAGAAGUAAUGAUGUACGUGUCAAUCAUUGGGCUGCAGCUGUGGCUGUUGGUGGAGAUGAUCUAUUGCUACAGAAAGAUUGCUGCAGCCGGAGACGAGGCCCUCAGAGCCAGCGCAGAGGAGUAUUUAGCAAUAGCGUCGGAAAGCAAAGAUAACUGCACAGGAGUGCAGGUGGCAGAAUAACAGAGGCUUUACCUGCGUUACCCAUAUUUAUCUCCACAUCCCCGCCUUCUGCUUCUCCCUCACAUCGUCACAAAUAUCCAGUCGGAUUCUCUGCCCUUGUAUUAUUAUUAUUAUUUUUUGUACUUAUUAAGCAACCUAAUCCGAGUCCUGCGGUGUUCCUGCGCUGUUGUGUGUUUGUUUAUCUAGUUUAGCAUGACAUGCUUUCUGGAUGAGUAUUCAUAGUAUCAGUAUGCAGUUCUGGAGUGCACUUCAGGAUAUCGGGAUCAGGAAAUGGAUAUUUGCAGAAGAAAAACCUGCCAGUUUGCAUGAGUGUAAUAAUAGGGCAUGAUUAGACAUUAGUCUCUCGAGUAUAUUGCACCUCAUAUGCUUUAAUAUAGAAACUGUAUGAAAUGCAUUACCUACCUGCUGUAUAUAUUAGGGUUGCCACCUUUUUGUCUUUUGUUUUUUAUUCUUUCUUCCACACAGUCCUGUUUUACCUGGUGUAAAGUUUUUGUAAUUAAGUAAGCAUGAAACAUGCAAUAAAAUCUUAUUGGUCAGGUC